AUGUCCGAACUGCUAAGCCUCGCUGAACAGUACAUCACGACUACGGAAUAUGACACUGCUACUUUCACCGAUUAUGUCAAGAAGUAUGAAACGGUCACCGAUGAGGAGACGGUCACCGAAACUGAAUAUAUCCAGAAGCUGACCACGGUCACUACGACGGAUUACGAGACUGCCACCAAGACCGACACCGAGACGGAUUACAUCAAGAAGUACUUCACCGAUAUCAUCACGAAGACCCAGAAGGAGUACAAGACCGAAACCGCCUACAACGCUUUAACGACCACAGAGACGACUUGGUACCCGUACACGACUGUGUUCUAUGUUACGUACACCACCUGGCACCCUUAUACCGUCUAUGAGACCAAGGCGUACACCAACGAGUAUACCGCUUAUUCUACGAUCACUGUCACCGACUACGAGAAGAAGCACGAGAAGAAUACCAUUACUGAAACCGUGACCGCUACGGCGACCCCAACCAAGUCCUCAAAGACCCACGGAUCCUACACUAAGGAGACUCCAACUUACUCGCAUGAGUCGUACAGCAAGGAGACACCCGAGUCUUCUUCCAAGGCUCAGUGGUAA